GGAUAGAAAAAAAAAAAAAAAAAAAAAAAAAAAAAAGAAUGGCCACUGCCUUUGGUAGAGCUCUCCACAUUCCGUCAUGUUCUUUAUCGUUGGUUUGUAAGAACGUGUCAAAGCCCUCAUUUGGAGUUGCAAAACUGCCAUGGCCUGCUCAAGCAGGAAAAGCUCGAACUCGUACUCGUGUCAUGGUGACUCGAGCCCAGCUACGCCCUACAUGGCUCCCAGGGCUUGACCCUCCGCCGUACCUUGACGGAAGUCUGGCUGGGGAUUAUGGGUUUGACCCACUUGGUCUUGGAGAGGAUCCGGAGAGCCUGAGGUGGUAUGUGCAGGCAGAGCUUGUUCAUGCCCGCUUCGCCAUGCUUGGAGUUGCAGGAAUUCUCCUUACAGACUUGCUGCGUGUAGCCGGAAUCAGCAGUAUACCAGUUUGGUACGAAGCGGGUGCAAUUAAAUACGAAUUUGCCAACACAGGAACUCUCUUCAUAGUCCAACUACUCUUGAUGGGAUUCGUUGAAACCAAAAGAUACAUGGAUUUCGUGAGUCCCGGGUCUCAAGCCAAAGCACCAUUUUUGGGAGUGGAAGAUUCCUUUGAAGGUUUAGAGCCCGGUUACCCCGGUGGUCCUAUACUAAAUCCUCUUGGUCUGGCUAAAGAUAUCAAGAAUGCUCAUCACUGGAAGCUUAAGGAAAUUAAGAAUGGACGCCUGGCAAUGAUGGCCAUGCUCGGCAUCUUCGUGCAAGCUUCUGUAACUCAUGUGGGACCAGUUGAUAAUCUUGUGGAGCAUCUAUCUGAUCCAUGGCACAAAACAAUUGUUCAAACGUUGGCCAAUUCUAGUUCUUAAGAUGCAAGUCAAAAGAAAUUUAAAAUUUGUCUCUCA